GAUAUCGUCUUCCCCGAUUGGUCUUUCUGGGGCUGGACAGAGGUAAAUAUAAGUGAAGGAAAUGAAAGAAGAGAUGGAGAAAUCGAAAUGGGAGGAUAGAGUUCCCUACGCAUACUGGAAAGGCAACCCCAAGGAUUGGGAUGAAGAGGCUCGAAAAGCAUUCAACCAGACCAAUCUUGCAAACCAGUGCACCCACAGGUACAAGAUUUAUGCACAAGGAUGGGGAUGGUCUGUUAGUGAGAAAUACAUCCUAGCCUGCAACUCGCCCACGUUGCUCAUCAACUCGCGUUGGCACGAUUUCUUCUCACGGGGGCUCAUCCCUCAACGCCAUUAUUGGCCGAUUAGGGAUGCCCAAAAGUGUAGUUCCAUCAAAUUUGCAGUUGAAUAUGGCAACAAUCACACUGCAAAGGCCAAGAAGAUUGGUGAAGCCGGGAGCCACUUCGCCCACGAGGCUCUGAAAAUGGAGAAUAUUUAUGACUACAUGUUCCAUCUGCUAAAUGAAUACGCGAAGCUCUUCAAGUACAAGUCUAAGAUUCCUCCAAAUGCGACUCAGCUUUGCUCGGAGUUGCUGGCCUGCCCUGCACAGGGGAAGUUGAUGGAGUUCAUGGAGGAAACCAUUGAGAAGUCGCCUAGUGAUUCGCCUCCCUGCAAGAUGCCUCCACCUUUCAAGCUUCGAGAUCUUGGAGAUUUUGCACGAGCGAAUAUGGAGGCCAUCAACGAGGUGGAGGCAUUGGAAGACGAGUAUGGGAGGAAACAAUACGAGAGAAAAUGAUUCAAGAGAAACUAAUUUAUACUUCAUUUCAAGAGAAAGCUGUCGUCCAUGUAAACCAUCUUAAAAUAUAACAAAAAUUAUGAAC